AUGAGUCUACAAUCAAUGCUAGAGCGACGGGGUCUCUAUUCUAAUGUUCCCCCGGAUAUCCGCACCAAGCUCGAAGACAAUCCGACGCUUCUAGUGAGCUGGUGGGCCACAGGUGUUUCUCUCGCCAUUAUUGUAACCCGCGUGUUUGGUCGCUAUGUCCGGAUUGAACGAUUCUUUCGCGAAGACAAGGUCAUGAUGCUGAGCAUCAUCCCGCUGCUGGCUCGAAUGGCGUUCGUGCAUGUUGUUCUAAUCUGGGGUACCAACAAUACCAAGACCGAGGGGUUGACCGAGGAACAAAUCCAACACAGGGUCAUUGGGAGCAAACUGGUUCUUGCAUCUCGUAUCUUCUACGCGAUUUUCAUCUGGUCGGCGAAGCUCACAGUGUGUGAAUUUCUCCAGCGAGUCGCCGGAAUGAUCUGGCGUCGAUCCAUCCGGAUCUUUCUCAAAUUCCUAUAUUAUUUUCUGGCUUCAACGUUGGUCGCGGUGGUCAUUGCUACCUUGACUGAAUGCCAACCCUUCGAUCACCACUGGCAAGUUGACCCAGAUCCUGGUCCAAGAUGCCGUUCGGGCUAUGCCAAUCUAAUUACAAUGGGGGCCUGUGAUGUUGUCACUGAUCUCCUCCUUGUUGUCUUCCCGAUUCCUCUAGUCAUCAUGACCAGCUUAUCGGCGAAACGCAAGCUAUCUCUGGUCGUCCUGUUCUGUCUUUCUUUGAUCUUGGUCGGCAUUACGUGCUACCGCAUACCAGCGGUCAUUCAACACAAAGGAUCCCAACAGUACCGGUCUCUCCUAGCAUCUCUAGAGAUAUUAGCUGCCACCGCAGUCUCUAAUGUGGUCGUCAUCAGCUCAUUUGUCCGGGAUCGAGGGGUCAAGAAGCUUAAAUACAAGAAAGUUUUGGGAUCUACGUCCGUGAGCGAGAGCCUGGAUCACAGCACUGUCCGUCGUGCAACCAUCACCCACCACCAAUGGGGGAGUGAUUCAGAUCUCGCCCGCGAUGUGGGUAUCCGAUUGGAUCCAGAGCUAUAUUCGCACGAUCAAGUAGGACCGCGUCCCGCCCCUGUUGUCAUGACAGGGUCCCUGGAUCCCAACUGGUCUUUCAGCCAACAAGCCGCUGACUAUGAUGAUCGGUCAUUAUCCACAACCAAUAGUUUGGACAUGAAAGUCAGUCCGCACGAAUACAUUCGGACGAGCAAGACAGCCCAUAAUUUACCCGGGGAUUCAUUCAUGGAUUUCCCGGAUCAAGUCCCCAUCUUCGAUGUUGGGGGCCUCCUCAGUCAACCCAUGCCUCUCGGUACCAGCUACCACACCCCAUCCUCUGACUGGGUCCAGCCCCAACCACCUCAUCACCCGUCGCACCGCAGGGACAGUAGCGGGCUUGUUCUCCAGGAUGUGGGCGGGCUGCUCUCCAUAUCACCCUCGCCCCAUCAACCUCGUCCCGGGGGGCUGCGUAGGAGCUCACAAGGGCCCCGACGAGGCUCCAGUGUGCAUUUCGGUGACACCGCUGAUUCACCUACAUCUCCCCAUCGGACCUAUUCGGAGGUGUCCGCCCGUAUACCGGAGCGUCCCAACGAAUUCGAGCUUCAGGAUGUUGGCGGGUUACUUUCAAGGAAUAACCUACGAUAA